AUGCCUCCCAACUUCGACACUGCCAUCGAUCUUCUUCCGCUUCACUUCCUACCCUUCAUCAUCCCUCCUGCCGUCGUCUCAUUUAAAGUGCACCUCCUCUCCAUUCCUGGCACCUCACCGUUUCCACUCCAGCAUCACCUCCUUCUUUCCAUCGCCUUCUAUUCUUACUCGUCCCCUGCCCCUCUCGUCCCCUGCCCCUCUCGUCCCCUGCCCCUCUCGUCCCCUGCUCCACUCCUCCACUGCUCCUCCGUCUCCUACGUCGGCCCCUCCUUCCGUCUCUCUCCACCUCCUCUCCUCCUUUCGUCUCCUACUGCUUUCCCUCCACUCUUUUCCUGCCCUGGCCCUUUCCUCCCCCCUUCGUUCCCCUCCCUCCCGCUCUUGUGGUCACUUGUCCUUUCCAUCAUAUGGCGCACGACUUGCAUUGGGCUCGCCCCAUCAGCCAUGGCUCGGAUGACUGCAGUGGCCAUGCUGCUGCCAGGGCUGCUUGCUGCUUUUCUUCCUGCCGUCGCUGUCAUCGUCAGCAUCAUGCCACUUGCCAGGGAUGCCUGGCCUUUCACCACUGCGAAGGACGUGAGUGGUGCCAUGCUGGACGUGAGUGGUGCCAUGCUGGACGUGAGUGGUGCCAUGCUGGACGUGAGUGGUGCCAUGCUGGACGUGAGUGGUGCCAUGCUGGACGUGCCAUGUGACAGCCAGCAAGCCAUCCACCCUCUCAUGCUUACCUCUGCAUCCCUCCCGCUUCCCAAUGCCACUACCACGUGUCAGAGUGACACGAGCCUGCUUCCCACUCAGGCCAAUGCCAUCGCCACAUCUCUUCAGCAUGUCCACGCUCUCAACGUGCCUCUUCACUCCCUCCACACCCUGUACAUCUACUCGUGCUGUAUUCUGUUCUGCUAUCUCCACUCUCUCUGCAACUCUCGUGGCACUGCUGUGGUGGAUGGGCGUGACUCACGCGCAAAUCACAGCAUGGGUGCAGCAGGGCUUGGCUGUGGCAGGCAGGCUGAUGCCACGUGGAAUCUUCCCUCUGCUGCACAUCCCCAU